AUGGACGCAGCGAAGCUAAUUCGGACCCGCAAACUCCUCCCCAACUACGGCGAGAACUCCAGCAAACUCGGCCGCUUCAAAGACAAACUCGCCGACAAAGAACUCCUCUUCGGCAUCGAGUCCUUUGCAGAAAUCCCUUACGCCCAAUUCAACGUCCUCGCCACUCCACCCAGCAUCCUAGUCAUCGGAUCCCCCCUCCCGGUCAUCGUAACGGUGCAACACACCAAGCGCUCAGAAUCACUCCCUUCCCCACCCGAUCUCUUCAUCCGGCGACUGAAAGUGCAGUUAAACGCAAAGAUCAACGUCUUCCUCCCCAACGAAGCUUUCUUCAAACACCCCAGCAGAAUAACCAACCACACCGACCGCCGCACCAUCGUCCUCUGCGACCACAAAUACGAAACAGGCGACGGCGAACCCCUCUACGACGGCCUCAAUCUGCUCGACGUGGCGAACAUCGAACUCGCAAAAGACUACAAUAAUAACAAUACCAUCGCGCCGAGCUUCACUAGCUACGGCCUAAACCUAGAAUACGAACUCCAAAUCGAGAUCACAGGGAGAUGUGCGGAUAGAGAGUGGUCUGGUAUCGCGUGUACGCAGCCUGUGCAGGUGGCUACGGAUUGGCAGGCUGCACCAUCGAUUGAAAGUGCGGAUUUGUUGGAGGCUGGGCCGGGGCCGCUGGCGUAUCAUGAAUUGGAUGCUGCGCCGAGGAUGUAUGAGAUGGCUGUUCAUACGGAGGAACCGCCGCCGUAUCAUGAUGAGCCGCCGCCGUAUAAUAGGAUGCUUGGUAGUACUGCUGUGGGGGGUCCGGUGGGGGCUGUUUGA